GGGCCUGGCUGUGGAGGCAUCCCGAUCCGCUCCGCUUCCGCGUCCGUCCCUUCCUGCCCGUCUGUCUGUCUGUCUGUGUGUCUGGCCGUCUGUCUGACCGCGGCCCACCUCGGGGACUCCGUCGACGGUGGCGGGCUUGUAGGCGACGACGUCCUGGUGGACGCCAUGGGCACUCGGCCCGCGGACGACGUUGACGGCGACAGUGAAGCCAGCGACGGCGGCGCCGACCGGAAGCGCAAGGUGCUCCUCGAGCUGACGGCGGCGCCCCAGGAGACGACGGAAAUCAAGACGCCGGGUAAGGCCAAGUCCAAGUCCAAGUCCAAGGGCAGGCCGUACCGGAAGGUGAGCUCCUGGUGCAAGGGCGACUACCGCAAGCGCUCCAAGAAGCCCAUGUCCGACAAGGGCCAGAGCCCCGACGCCGACAAGAUGGGCAAAGCCAAGGCCAGGUCGUCGCCGCGGAGGCCCUCGUCCGAGGCCAAGCAGGAGGACGGCCUUCACGGCCUGCACGGCCUGCACGGCCUGCACGUGGCCGACGAGAACGAGGAGGCCGCCAUCAGGACCAGGGUCAGGUUCCUGCUGGACUGCGUCAACAAGGUCCUCGGCCACACCGAUUCUGCCGAGAGGCGCCUGGAGGGGGAGGACUCGGGCCACGCCGCCGCCCCGUUGGACUACGCGUACAAGGCCGUGGAGCUGGAGGGCGACGGGCCGCCGCGGUGGCUGUGCCUGACGUGCCGCCGGGACUGCCGGGACGCCCCCGGCGACGAGGCCGAGACCAGCUUCACCGCCACACUGCGACACCUGUUCAGCCGCCACCGCAACGUCUGCACCAUCGUCACCAAGGCCGUCAGGCUGUCGGGUGCGACGGCGACCCUGGUGGCGGCCGUUCUGCCGGACGGCUUCGGGCCGCGCCCCGUGGACCGCGUCCUCGCGGAGGACGAGUUCCUGGCCAGGCCGCACGUGUGGGUGGCGCAGCUGCUGCGCGCGGCGGACGCGGCGGACGCCACGGACGCGGCAGACGCCAACCACGUGGCCGUCGGCCUGCGGAAGGUUGGCCGCGUCACGCGCAAGAGCGUCGAGGAGCGCCGCGCCAGUGCCACCACGCCCGUGCUGCCCGUCACGGAGGCGGACAGGCCCGCCCUGGAGGGGACCCCGAAGGCCUGCCCGUCGGCCAAGGCCAGUCGGUGCCCCGAGGCCGGCUCGAGGGACGCCUCCCAGGGGUGCCCCGGGGCGCGCCUUGAGGAGGCCACGAAGGACGGCGUCGAGGAGGGCUGCAAGGCGGAGGAGAGCCCGGCCAAAUGGCCUGGGGACGAAGCGGAAAGCCGCCUGGAGAGCCCUGCGGUGACGCCCAAGGAGAGCCCCGCAGUAAGCCCGAAGGAGGGCUCGAAGGACAGCCCGGAGGAGAGCUCCAAGGAGAGCUACUACACCUCGAAGGGCAGCCCGCAGGCAGCCCCAAAGGACAGCCUGGGAGGCGCGGAGGUCAGUCCCGGGGUGGAGCCUCACGCCGACUGCGAGGAAAUCCCCCUGGAGUGCUCGGAAGUCCUCAAGGCCAGCCCCGAAAGCAUCUUCCCGGACGAUUUCGACUCGACCUCCGAAGACAUUCCGCUCUCUUGCCUCGCGACAGUGCUCAAAUCGAGUCCCAAAACCAGCCCCAAAGACAGUCCGAAGCCCAGCCCCAAGUCCAGUCCCAAGCCUAGCCCCAAGCCCAGCCCCGACCUCGACAACACCAUCAACAGCAUGCUGGAGCAGGUGGGCUCUCCCCGGGCGGACGCGGCGUCCGGAUGCGAGGCCCACGAGGCUCCCGACGUCGCCAACACCGCCGCCAAGGACGUCGAAGACGGCCAGCCCUUCAUCUCCUCGAGGCCCGGCCUGCGACGCCGACAGCGCGCCCCGACGACCGUUGAACGUGUUUCUCCAGUGGCACUACCGAGUAGACUCGAACCGACGCAGGGAACGAGUAAACCAGAGACUGAUGGCUCCGACCAAAGCACUGAAAUUAGGGUAUCUUCUUCAAAUACUGGAGACUUACUAGACCAAUCAGAAGUAGUUAGUUCCGCGAAUGAAACCCCCAGUGCGAUUACCGGCAGUGUGGGCAGCAGCAGAAAAAGCGGGGGCUCUCGACCCAAGGUCAAGAGGUCAAGGUCGAGGAAGAGGUCAAGGUCGCGGAAGAGCAUCAACGAGGACCCGGGCCCUUCGAAGCGAUCGGAGGCCUCACCGAAACCCGCCGAACAGCCGAGCCCCGCCAGCCCCGCCAGCCUGCCGGACUUCCGCGGCCCCCUGGCCUUGCCGGAGGCCGUCGGCAACGUCGUCAAGGAGGGCGGCAAGCAGGCGAAGCAGGCCAGCGCGGCGGACCGCGCCGACAAGAGCCGGGUCUACGUCGAGGGCUCGGUGGACUCGGAGAUAUUCAAUAGUAAUCGAUUCAUUAAUUGA